CGGCGAGCGCAGCCGAGUGCGCAUGCGCCCUGCCCCGCGGGCCCUAGCAACCAGAGCAGUGACAGUAGCAACGGCCGGAAUGGCAAAAGCAACAACAAUCAAAGAAGCCCUUGCCAGAUGGGAAGAGAAAUCCAGUCAGAAGCCGUCUGAAGCCAAAGAGAUAAAACUUUAUGCCCAGAUUCCCCCUAUAGAAAAAAUGGAUGCAUCUUUGUCCACACUUGGUAAUUGCGAGAAACUUUCACUGUCUACAAACUGCAUUGAAAAAAUUGCCAACCUGAAUGGCUUAAAAAACUUGAGGAUAUUGUCUUUAGGAAGAAACAACAUAAAGAACUUAAAUGGACUGGAAGCUGUCGGAGAUACUUUAGAAGAACUGUGGAUCUCCUACAAUUUUAUUGAGAAGUUGAAAGGAAUCCAUGUAAUGAAGAAAUUAAAGAUUCUCUACAUGUCUAAUAACCUGGUGAAAGAAUGGGCUGAAUUUAUAAAGUUGGCUGAAUUGCCAUGCUUGGAAGAUCUGGUGUUUGUGGGCAAUCCCUUGGAAGAGAAACAUUCUGCUGAGGGGAACUGGAUUGAAGAGGCCUCAAAGAGAGUGCCCAGACUGAAAAAGCUAGAUGGUACUCCAGUAAUUAAGGAAGAAGAGGAAGAAGAAAACUAACACCAUAUUUUACAUUUUGUGUUAACUUAUUUAAAUGUCAUACGAACAAUAGAUAAGUUUUAUAUGGUUGUUUAUUUUAAAGAUGUUGUGUGGGGCAAACAGUUCUUCAAGUAUCUGUCGUUGCUCCUUUUCCCCCUGGUUUUCCCAUAUUCUUAACCUAGUGAUUCUCCUCCAGAAUGAUGGCACUAAUUUUGUAUAUUCUAGUCCUCUUUUUAGAAACUUCAAAAUUGUCUUUAGUUCCAGCUGUGUACUGUGUGACCCAUGUACCAUAACCUUUCUAGAAGUAUUAAUAAUGAACAAGUGUGGUUCUUUGUUCAGUUUGCAUAGUUCUUUAGGCUGGGCAUUUAAGAAAACUUACAGUUGAAUCUACGAACCAUCUUCAUUGGAGGUUCAUAUUUUUAUGACUCAGAAGCACAAAUAGGUCAUGAUUUUGGCUCAGAAGGCAACAUGAUGACAGGAAGAGUUUAUAGAAGCAGUUCAGAACAAAAUUCCAAAUCCAAUUGGAAAUGACAGGCGAAAAAGAGAAAGCUGAUAUUUUGGAGGCCAUGUAACUAUAAUCUAUGUUAUACUUGUUUUUUAAAAAAAAAUAUGUGCAUUGUCAGCUGGAAUUUAGGUUGUAUUCACAUACAGCAGCCACUCAAGUUAUCAUGUCAAUCAGUCAUUCUGUGAGUCAGGUCAGUGGUUAAAAUGACUUAUCACAAUCAUUCCUAUAACACUGUGGUCAUGUUACACCUGUAGGACUGAUCUUAUAAACAUUCUGGUUUAUACUUCCUUAUGUGUUCUAUAAGGAAAUAUAUAUACAUAUGUAUAUACAUAAAUAUAUAUAAACA